UUCACUCGGAUUAAACAUAAAAAGAGUAAACAUGAUUGAUUACCGACUUAUGUACGACUACUGGCUCGCCUCACGCCGAUCAUGUUUCAGCACUAUUAGCGAUAAAGGCUACAUAUAAAACGCACUGUGCUAACUCCUAUGAUGGCAUGUGAUGCUUCGUGUCAUGAUACAUGCCAUUUAGUUCACGAGGACAUGUGCCUCGACAGAGCACAAACCCUGUCAUGUGGACCGAGCUUAUUGUAUCUCCCGUGGGAGGACGUUCUCUGUCGAUACGUUUUAUGUCGGUUAUCCUUACAUGACCUCUUCCGCCUUCGACAGGUCAACCGCGCAGCCGCUGAGCUGGUCAAGGCCUUCUUCGGACGUCGUCUCCAGGUGGACCUGACACACUACGCCGGCCGCAUCCCCGCGCGCAGCUUCCACACGAUCGUCGACGGCAACCGCGUGCUGCGCACGCUCGUGCUCGCCAACUGCCGCGACUGGCUUGACGACAGCGUGCUCUGUGGUGUGAUCACAUGCUGCCCGCGCCUGCAACACGUCGACGUGAGCGGAUGCUCGCGGCUCACGGAUGCCACGCCACGCGCGCUCGCCGCGGGAUGUCCCGACCUCGACGCUGUCGUCAUGAGGGACUGUCACUGGCUGAGCGCGAGCGCGCUGGCCGCGCUGGCGCUGGGGUGUCGGCGUCUCCAGCGCAUCGACGUCGAGUCAUGCUGGGCUGUCGACGAUGCGGCGAUCAAGGUUGUGCUGGCGGCCUGCUGCAGGCUGCAGAAUUUGUCAUUGUGUAAGAUCUAUGGCAUAACAGAUGCGACGAUUCGGGAGAUAGCCUACUGCCGGACGCCCCUGACGGACCUCAAUAUAUCAGGCUGCUGGCGAGUCACAGACGACUCGAUAAGGGUGCUAGCCGAGUACUGUCAGACACUACAGGUGCUGCGUGUGAUGGACUGUCGCGACAUCACCGAGGCAACGCUUGCCAGGUUGCGGCUGCGUGGGGUACUUGUCGAUCGAGCAAGGCCUAGCUACAUUCCUCUACAAGGCGAGUCGAGCAGUGAGGCUUACUUGAAGAUGCUAAUGCACCGACUCCACCUGCAGAUCUAGCUAUCAUUCUGUAUUAGUGAUUCUCGGAGUGAGGAGGUGAAGACUGUUACUCUGUUUGAUAGCAUUGAUAGCUAGGUAGGUGACGUCUAGAUGAUCCUGUGAUCUAGACCGAAUAAUUCUGUCCCAUAUAACCUUUUUUAUAUUUUGGUGAGGGUUAUAUUGGGUAGAAUAUAGCCAAUAUAACCCUCACCAAAAUAUAAAAAAGGUUAUAUGGGACAGAAUUAUUCGGUCUACCUGUGAUCUUGCCUAAUCAUUUUCUGCCUGUGUGAGUGUGGUCAGCACUAACAAAGCGAGAAAGAAGAGGUUGAUAGGGAGAGAAUGAGAGAAAGACAAGAGAAGAGAGAAUGAGAGAAAGACACAGAGUGAGAUAGAGAAGAGUGAAAGAGAGAUAUUUAUUAGGUAAUGAACUAAUUUGCAUUGGAAGUUUGUCCAAUUAGACUAUGAGGUGCCGCUAGCACGUAGAAAUUGAUCAACCCGUGAUGUUUUAUGAUCCAGUCAGUCCACACAAUAAUACCAUACGAAUAUUAUAAUAUAAUGUUAUAAUAACCUAUAUAAUAAUAUAUUAGACAAGUUUAUGAGCGAUAGAUGGCGCCACGCACGCAUGACUUCUAUUAUUACACAAUUCGUGUUUUUGGAAUGACUCUAAUUGCGUAUUCACGUAAUCACAUAAUGAGAAAAUGUAGCUACAAUAACAUCUACUUGAAAUCCGUAGUUUAUGUGAUGCCCCCUUCUGGCGUUGAUGCAAAAUGUUGGUUAUUAAAAUUCAAGUUGAUUCCACUUGUGUAGGGGCAAUCAGAGGCAAUAAAAUGUGUUAAGAACUUGUGGAUGACUCGGAAGACAAUAAGGUGCCUCAAUUAAAAUCAGCCAUAUCGCUGUCUUUUGAAUUCUAAACGUAAAUUUGAUCACAUAAAUCACUUCUACUUUAGAUAUAUAACGACAAAAUUGUAUCACUUCUAAUUAUACUGAUAUAUUUUUGAUAGCAGGUAUAUGAUCCUUCUGUAUACCGGAAUUAGUGAAAUUGUACCCUUACCCCCACUAUUGAGACAUUGUCCCAAUGAACUGUGUACAUAAAUUUGAUAUUAGAAGCACAAAGAUGUAGUUGUGGGUACUAUAGCUUGACUGGCACUUUAAAUUUACCCCUCCUAUAACAAAGAAUGAAACGACUGGAAUUGGAAUUUCGUCUGCUUAAGUGCAUGACGCUACGUGGCGCUCGAAAGAAUGCAGGCGGGUUUCGAGUUAGAUCGGUGGUUGACCCUCCCUCCUCCUCCUGCCCUUCCUCCUCCCUCUCCUCCUUCUCACUUCGCACGUAGGGAGCUGAGGCGUGCAUGGUUUGUUCGUGUGAGACAAGUGGUCAUCAGAGUGCUAUUGAUCGCUGUGGCGUGCGCUCUCUUUACCGUGGUGGGAACACAGCCGUCUGCUGUCUCCUCCUCCUCCUUCUUCUCCCCCCUCCUCCUCCGCCUCCUUCUCCUCCUUCUCCUCCUUCGUUUCACACUCGUGUGGAUGUCGGAUUCCGGCGGGAAGCAGAACCGAACAACAUUGCCGACAAACGAGUGAGCUCGGAGAUUGCCGGAGAUAUUUAUUUGGUGAGUGAACGCGCGCUGGUCGCCCGUGGGGUUGACGCCCACCUCUGUGCAGUCGUGUCUGUCUGUCGAUCGUCCCUCCAGUGUGUCAGCGAUCAAGCCGGUUGCCUCACACCGACUGCUAACAAAGGUAGCAAUGAUGAUGACCGUUGCCGACACCAACACCACCACCAUUGCCGCUACGACAAUGACGAUGAUGCUGACGACAAUGACGACGAC